AUGAUUGACCGCUUACAAAUACGUCGCUUGGGUGCAGCUGCAAAAAAUAAACGCACGGUAGGUAGUGGAAGUUUUCACUCGGCAAGCGGCAUUACGACGCCAGCGACGGCUAGCACCAGCUCCUCCAGCGGAAACUGCUUAACACCGCAACAGCAUCAGCACUCACUACCAAAUCCACAUCAGAAUCAACACCCGCAUCCAUCGCCAGCUAGCAGUCCUGGCAACGGACUGGGUACAUGUCAAGAUGCGGCUAGCAUGCUUAACAGUCAAACGAACAUUGUGAACUCGGGCAGCGGCACUGUCUUCGGAAUGCAGCAGCCAAUUGGAGGAACAUCAACGGGAAUAGGGACGGGUCCGACGGCGGUCGUAAGCAGUCAAACGGCGACUAACGUCCACAAUAAUGGAGCAGGAGCAACAGUCUGUCCAGUGGGAGGCGUAGGAGGUGGUCUCAAUAUUCUGGGAGGUAUAAGCGGCCUGGGCGGUGGUACCGCUACCGCCGGAAUGGGAAUCUGUGGCGGGAUUAGUAGCACUGUGGGCAGCGCUGCCAUUACAGGCGUACCCCCCAUUGGAUUGGGUAUCGCUACUGGAAUUGGAAAUAAGAUUAUGUUGGGCCGAAAACAAAGUCUGAAGGGUGGAGAGCCCUUUCUAGCAGAUUACGGACCGGAGGAAUCGCUUAAUGAGAGCGCCGACAUUGAGUGGGUCAACAAGUUGUGGGUGCGACGGCUGAUGCGUUUGUGUGCUCUGGUCUCACUAACUUCCGUCUCACUAAAUACGCCCAAAACUUUUGAACGUCAUCCUUCGCUGCAGUACAUAACUUUUGUUUCGGAUACAGCGGUAACGGUUCUCUUUACGGCUGAAAUGAUUGCUAAAAUGCAUAUUCGUGGCGUUUUGCAUGGUGAAGUACCAUAUCUGAAAGAUCAUUGGUGUCAGUUCGAUGCUUCCAUGGUUAGCUUUCUGUGGGUCUCCAUCAUAUUGCAAGUUUUUGAAGUGCUUGAAAUUGUGCCAAAAUUCUCCUACCUAUCUAUAAUGCGGGCACCGCGCCCUCUAAUUAUGAUACGCUUUCUACGCGUUUUUCUUAAGUUUAGUAUGCCUAAGAGUCGCAUCAAUCAGAUUUUCAAACGAUCGAGCCAGCAAAUCUACAAUGUGACUCUUUUCUUCUUGUUCUUUAUGUCGUUAUAUGGACUGCUCGGAGUGCAGUUCUUUGGAGAGCUGAAAAAUCACUGUGUGAUGAACAAUACAGAGUACGAUCUUUUGGGCAGACCUAAAUUAACAAUUAACUCGUUGGCCAUACCAGACACAUUCUGUUCGAUGGAUCCUGAUUCGGGCUAUCAGUGCUCCCCAGGCAUGCGCUGUAUGAAGAUGGACUUCUUGAGCAGCUAUGUGAUUGGAUUUAAUGGAUUCGAGGACAUUGCGACAAGCAUAUUUACAGUAUAUCAGGCUGCAUCGCAAGAGGGCUGGGUUUUUAUAAUGUACCGGGCAAUAGAUUCGCUGCCGGCUUGGCGUGCCGCUUUUUACUUUAGUACUAUGAUUUUCUUUCUGGCAUGGCUUGUGAAAAACGUUUUCAUAGCUGUGAUAACGGAGACCUUCAAUGAAAUUCGCGUUCAGUUCCAGCAGAUGUGGGGCGCUAGAGGUCACAUACAGAAAACGGCUGCUUCUCAAAUACUCAGCGGUAACGAUUCGGGCUGGAGGUUGGUUACAAUUGAUGACAAUAAGCAUGGCGGAUUGGCUCCAGAGACCUGCCAUGCCAUAUUACGAUCUCCAUACUUCCGAAUGCUAGUUAUGACGGUGAUCCUUGCCAAUGGAAUUGUGACAGCUACUAUGGCUUUUAAGCAUGAUGGAAGACCACGCCAUGUAUUCUACGAGAAAUACUACUACAUCGAAGUAGCUUUUACGUGUCUGCUCGAUCUUGAAACUCUUUUUAAAAUUUAUUGUUUGGGUUGGCGUGGCUACUAUAAGCACUCAAUUCACAAGUUCGAGCUGUUGCUGGCAGCGGGUACUACACUUCAUAUAGUUCCUCUCUUCUAUCUGUCUGGACUAACAUAUUUUCAAGUGCUCAGAGUAGUGCGACUAAUUAAGGCCUCACCUAUGCUGGAAGGAUUUGUUUAUAAGAUAUUUGGACCAGGAAAAAAACUAGGCUCCCUGAUAAUCUUCACCAUGUGUUUACUAAUUAUAAGUUCGAGCAUAUCAAUGCAACUGUUUUGCUUUUUGUGUGAUUUUACAAAGUUUGAGUCAUUCCCCGAGGCCUUUAUGAGCAUGUUUCAGAUUCUCACGCAAGAGGCGUGGGUAGAGGUCAUGGAUGAGACCAUGAUACGAACUAGUAAGACCCUGACGCCACUAGUAGCAGUAUACUUUAUACUUUAUCAUCUAUUUGUUACACUGAUCGUGCUCAGUCUUUUCGUGGCGGUUAUUUUGGACAAUCUGGAGUUAGAUGAGGAUAUCAAGAAACUUAAACAACUCAAGUUUCGUGAGCAAAGUGCUGAAAUCAAAGAGACUCUUCCCUUUCGUCUGCGCAUUUUCGAAAAGUUCCCAGACUCACCACAAAUGACGAUUCUUCAUCGCAUUCCCAAUGACUUUAUACUGCCUAAGGUGCGUGAAAGUUUUAUGAAACACUUUGUCAUUGAAUUGGAAACAGAUGACCCGUCGCUGGUUGAAAACUGCAAGCGGCCCAUGUCUGAAUGCUGGGAGUCCAAUGUUGUUUUUCGAAAGCAGAAACCAGUGCGCAUUAUGAACAAAACUGCCAAGGUGCGAGCCGCUGGAAGCAGCCUCCGAAAGCUGGCAAUUACUCAUAUAAUUAACGAUAGCAACAAUCAGCGUCUUAUGUUGGGUGAUUCGGCGAUGUUACCAGUGGUAGGUACCAAAGGCGGCCUCAAAUCACAGGGAACUAUUACACAUUCAAAGCCUUGGAGGGUUGAUCAAAAAAAAUUUGGUUCACGCUCCAUACGCCGCAGCGUACGCUCUGGCUCUAUUAAACUCAAGCAGACCUAUGAGCAUCUAAUGGAAAACGGUGACAUUGCGGCCGCACCACGUGCUAAUUCUGGUCGAGCCAGGCCUCACGAUUUGGAUAUCAAGUUACUGCAAGCAAAACGACAGCAAGCAGAGAUGCGACGCAAUCAGCGAGAGGAGGAUUUACGUGAGAAUCAUCCGUUUUUUGACACCCCACUGUUUCUAGUUCCGCGCGAAAGUCGCUUUCGUAAGAUUUUCCAGAAAAUCGUUCAUGCACGGUAUGAUGCGAGGCUUAAGGAUCCACUUACUGGAAAGGAGCGUAAAGUGCAGUACAAAAGCUUGCAUAAUUUCCUUGGUCUGGUCACCUAUCUAGACUGGGUAAUGAUAUUUGCCACAACACUCUCGUGCAUUUCCAUGAUGUUUGAGACACCCAGCUAUCGUUUAAUGAAUCAUCCCACGCUGCAGAUUGCUGAAUACGGCUUUGUGAUAUUUAUGAGUCUGGAGCUUGCUUUAAAAAUUCUGGCUGAUGGCUUGUUCUUCACCCCCAAGGCAUAUAUUAAGGACGUUGCUGCUGCUCUAGACGUAUUCAUUUAUGUAGUAUCAACUUCGUUUCUCUGUUGGAUGCCACACAACAUACCCACCAGUUCGGCAGCUCAGCUGCUAAUGAUUCUUCGCUGUGUGCGCCCCCUAAGAAUCUUUACAUUAGUUCCCCAUAUGAGAAAAGUGGUUUAUGAGUUAUGCCGUGGCUUUAAAGAAAUCUUGUUGGUAUCCACACUACUUAUUCUGCUUAUGUUCAUUUUUGCAAGCUACGGUGUACAGCUUUAUGGAGGUCGUUUGGCGCGAUGUAAUGAUCCUACAAUACUUCAUCGUGAGGAUUGUGUUGGUGUCUUUAUGCGGCGCGUCUUUGUGACGAAAAUGAAGCUGAUACCGGGAGCAGAUGAGUCCUACCCAGCUAUGUUGGUUCCAAGAGUCUGGGCCAAUCCUCGUCGCUUUAAUUUUGACAACAUUGGCGAUGCCAUGUUAACGCUGUUCGAGGUACUAUCAUUCAAGGGCUGGUUGGAUGUGCGCGAUGUACUUAUUAAAGCUGUCGGACCGAUUCAUGCAAUCUACAUUCACAUAUACAUAUUUUUAGGUUGCAUGAUAGGAUUGACUCUCUUCGUGGGUGUUGUCAUUGCAAACUACUCAGAGAACAAGGGCACAGCGUUGCUGACUGUCGACCAGCGUCGAUGGUGUGACCUAAAGAAGCGACUUAAAAUCGCUCAGCCACUUCACCUGCCCCCGCGUCCGGAUGGUCGAAAGAUCCGCGCCUUUACUUACGAUAUUACUCAGCACAUUAUUUUCAAGCGGGUUAUUGCUGUGGUGGUGUUGAUCAACAGUAUGUUGUUGUCUAUAACAUGGAUUAAGGGUGAGGUGCACACAGAACGUUUGGUCAUUGUGAGCGCCGUGCUCACCUUUGUUUUUGUAAUUGAGGUGGUCAUGAAAAAUAUUGCCUUUACGCCUCGCGGAUACUGGCAGUCCAGACGCAAUCGAUACGAUCUGCUUGUAACCGUUGCCGGAGUUAUCUGGAUUAUACUGCAAACAAUUCUUAGGAACGAUUUGUCAUAUUUUUUCGGUUUUAUGGUAGUUAUUCUGCGUUUCUUUACAAUAACUGGAAAGCAUACCACGCUAAAAAUGCUCAUGCUGACGGUAGGUGUGUCAGUGUGCAAGUCAUUCUUCAUCAUCUUUGGAAUGUUUCUUUUGGUCUUUUUCUAUGCGUUAGCCGGAACCAUACUAUUUGGUACUGUUAAAUAUGGUGAAGGUAUAGGAAGACGUGCUAACUUUGGAUCUCCGGUGACUGGCGUGGCUAUGCUGUUUCGCAUUGUUACUGGCGAGGAUUGGAAUAAAAUUAUGCACGACUGUAUGGUUCAGCCACCAUAUUGUACCCUGGGUGAAAAUUACUGGGAAACUGAUUGUGGAAACUUUACUGCAAGUUUAAUAUAUUUUUGCACUUUCUACGUGAUAAUUACGUACAUUGUCCUUAAUCUGCUAGUGGCUAUUAUCAUGGAGAACUUUUCCUUAUUUUACUCAAAUGAAGAGGAUGCCUUAUUGUCCUAUGCAGACAUACGGAACUUUCAAAACACUUGGAACAUCGUCGACAUACAUCAGCGUGGAGUUAUACCCGUAAGAAGGGUAAAAUUCAUUUUGCGACUUUUGAAAGGUCGCUUAGAGUGUGAUCCGCAAAAGGAUCGCUUACUUUUCAAGUACAUGUGCUACGAGCUUGACAAACUUCAUAAUGGCGAAGAUGUAACAUUUCACGAUGUUAUAAACAUGUUAUCCUAUCGGUCUGUUGAUAUUCGCAAGGCACUGCAGCUGGAGGAACUCCUAGCGCGUGAGGAAUUCGAGUACCUGGUAGAAGAGGAGGUUGCUAAGAUGACAAUACGUACCUGGCUGGAAGGCUGUCUCAAAAAAAUACGCGCACAAAAUGCCAGUAAACAACAAAACUCGCUGAUUGCUGGACUUCGCGCCACCAAUGAACAACCUGUGAUGCGUCCUAAUAUGCAAGACGACAAGGUGGCUAGUGGAGUCAUAGAUAAAUUAACAAUUAGUACGAUAAGUGGUGCGGUAGCCGGCACCUGCCCGCCUUCUAGUGAUGCUUUCUCACCAACGUUAAGCUCUACGGAAAAUGAUGAAAAGGAUGCUAGCAGUAGCGGUAUAGCACUUCCUCACUCUGAAGCACACGCUUCAAGUGUUCGCCAUGUCAUGGUAGUGGGCAAACGCAAUUAUGUCCUUAAUCGCAGUGAUUCCACAGGUAGUUCAGCUGGAAGAAAAUUUCUGGCGCCUACUUCAAGUGAUCCACAACAGCGCUCCACGCUAAGCGAUAAGGAACGACUGCAUAUUAGCAGUCAGCAGCGUAAAAAGAACUCGAUGACCACCCUUCCACAUAUCUCCCAGAUGGGUAAGCAGCGCGACACAAACAAGGCAUCUGGGUUUUUUACUCAAGUUAACAAUGAAACUGGCCUGUUUCACUACCCGACAAUUAAUCCGACUGUCGCAGCUGCAGCUGCCAUGCAUAGCUAUGGGGAUCAUCACCACCAUCGUCACGGGACACUGAGUAGUCCCUCCGCUAUGAUAAGUCAACUGAUUGGCGGUAGUGGCAAGCUGUUACCAUUCAACAAUCAGGCUAACGCGGUUUAUGAAGUACAUGACUGGUGGCAAGAGCAGGUUUUGUGCACGCAAACCAGCGACGAUGAAGUUUAGAAAAAUGGUAUCAAUGAUCAAUGCAACUGUUGUUAACAUUGUUUUUUUUCUAAAUUAGUCGAAGAGAUUUUACUUUUAGAUGAGAGAACUAUUUACAGUCUAAAACUAGGUGGAAAGACUAACCAAUAUUGUUGCGAUUCAUUUGAAUAUUAGAUAAUAAAAGAUAAUGUUAAUUACCAAAAAAAAAAAAAAAUAUAUAUAACGGUAUGUUCUAAAAACGGUUGAGGUUGCCAAUUUCGGUUUCUCCAUCACUUAAAGUCUUUAAGAUCUAGACGCCCACAUGGACGGGCGGUCGGAUGGAUAGACAGACGGACAUGACUAUACCAGUGGUGCUGGAGACAGGGUAAUUAAAAUGUUGAUAUAACAUACUAGAUGAUUUUUAUUUAUUACACCCAUGCCCAUAUAAAGUCUAUUGAAAGGGGUUUUAUCAAUUAUUUGGUACACAAAUCAAGUACCCUCAUUCCAUUACAAAUUUUUGCUUUUACAGCGUUUGGACUAAAGAGGGUACAGACAGUUUGGCCCUGUCCGUCUGCCUGAAUGAACCCGUCGAUCUCCUGGUAUUUUCUGGAUACCAUACGCAGAUGAUGUAUAUUUUAUCUUUUGUAUGCCACCUCUACUAAAUCCGUUUCUAUACCCUUAUAUUAUAUUUUUGUCACGAAUUUGUAACGCAUUAGACGUGGUAGACUCCAUAAAGUACACUCAGGAAAAAAAUCAAGAUUUCCGUACUUAAACAGGACAUUUUCAAG